CACAUGCGCAGCAAUACUUUCCCUGCCCUGGCGGGAAGAGGAGGAGGCUGAAGCAGAUACUCACUUCCUUUGGAAAGCCUUUGAAGAUGUUGGAAAGAAAAGGACAGGAAGAAGCUCCUUCAUCUAUCCCCUAGAAAAAAGGGUCUACAUUACCUUCAAAAGAGUGCAACUUACAUAGUUAGUACAGCCACAUGGUGCCAUGUGAACCUGCCUAAUAAUAUCCUGUGUUCGCUAGACCAAUUUUCAUUCACAUUGACUGUAAAAUCCACAGGAGUGCAUUUCAAGACUGGCUAUGCAAUAUACCUUUUUACUGAAGCAAAAGAUGCUGGAUGUUGGGAAGUGGCCAAUAUUUGCUUUUCGCUCACCAGAGGAAUUAAAGCUGAUUCGCCAGGCCUGCAUUUUUGGCAGCGCAGGCAAUGAAGUAAUUUAUGUUACUGGAAAUAAUGAGGUUUUUGCCCUUGGCACUAACUGCAGUGGCUGUUUGGGAAUUGGUGACACACAAAGCAGCAUUGAACCCCGGAGAUUAGAUAUUUUAUGUGGCAAAAAAAUAACUUGCCUCAGCUAUGGAAGUGGGCCUCAUGUUGUUGUAGCAACUGCUGAAGGGGAAGUAUAUACCUGGGGCCAUAAUGCUUACAGUCAGCUAGGAAAUGGAACAACAAAUCAUAGUUUACUGCCUUGUCAAAUCUCUACCAACUUGGCAAACAAGAAAGUCACUGAAGUAGCCUGUGGCUCCCAUCAUUCUAUGAUCCUAACUUCUGAUGGAGAGGUGUAUACAUGGGGCUAUAAUAACUCAGGGCAAGUUGGAUCUGGGUCAACGGCAAAUCAGGCAAUCCCUAGAAGAGUUACUAGCUGCUUACAGAAUAAGAUAGCAAUCAACAUUGCUUGUGGCCAGAUGUGUUCGAUGGCCGUGGUGGACAAUGGAGAGGUUUAUGUGUGGGGUUACAAUGGCAAUGGGCAGCUUGGACUGGGCAAUAGUGGAAAUCAACCAACCCCUUGUAGAAUAGCAGCUUUACAAGGCAUCCGUGUGCAACGGGUUGCCUGUGGCUAUGCACACACCCUAGUGCUAACAGAUGAAGGUCAGAUGUAUGCCUGGGGAGCCAAUUCCUAUGGCCAAUUGGGCACUGGAAACAGAAGCAACCAGUCAUACCCCGUGCCAAUCACUGUGGAUAAAGACAGAGUCAUAGAGAUUGCUGCAUGCCACUCUGCUCAUACUUCUGCUGCUAAAACCCAGGGUAGCCAGGUGUACAUGUGGGGUCAGUGCCGGGGACAGUCUAUCAGUCUUCCAUACCUCACCCACUUCGCCUGCACUGAUGACGUGUUUGCUUGUUUUGCUACUCCUGCGGUGACUUGGCGUCUUCUUUCAGUAGAACCUGAUGAUCAUUUAACAGUAGCUCAGUCACUAAAGAAGGAAUUUGACAACCCUGAUAAUGCAGAUUUGAGGUUUCAAGUGGAUGGAAAAUACAUUCAUGUUCACAAAGUCCUUCUCAAGAUUAGAUGUGACCACUUUCGAUCAGUGCUCAGCAACAAUAAUGAUGAAAUCAUAGAAAUAAGUGAAUUUUCAUAUCCUGUUUACCGAGCCUUUCUGGAAUAUCUUUACACAGACAGCAUCAGUCUGCCUCCUGAAGCUGCAAUAGGUUUGCUAGACCUUGCUACCUUCUAUCAGGAAAAACGGCUGAAACGACUUUGCCAGCAAACCAUCAAGCAGGGUAUUUCUGAGGAAAAUGCCAUUGCCCUUCUUUCAGCUGCAGUCAAGUACGAGGCUAAGGAGUUAGAGGAGUUUUGCUUCCGAUUUUGCAUAAACCACCUGACGGUAGUUACUCAGUCUCCAGGCUUUGCAGAAAUGGACCAUGACCUCUUGAAGAACUUCAUUAGCAAAGCCAGUCGAGUUGGAGCAUUUAAAAACUAAAGGAAGGACUUCUGCACCAACAUGAAAGGCGUGUUCUUCUGGCACGGAUGCUUGAAAUGUCAAGAUGCUGCCUGGACGCAGGGUGUGCUUCUUGUUGAAAUUAACAUGCUUGCAGUGUGGGUUGCAAGCACAGCCAUUACCUUUGUGGGUUGAAAGGGUAAGGAGCUGGACGCAAAAUUACAUAUAAGAUAAAGUUUCCACUUAACAUUACAGAAGGAUGUGAAGACUUUUCCCCCCUUAACGUUUGGAAACUGCUGCUUGGUGAAACUAACAUUUAUUUGGAAACUUUUGGAAACUGCUGCUUGGUGCAUUCACAUUAGAAACAGUGGUGUUAGUAGUCCAGAGAGGUGAUGUAAAAAUGCUGCCAAACACCUACUAAGUGAACAACUCCUAUUUAGGUGUGGGAAGGGGAACUGCUACAUGAUUUCUCCUUUUCUGCUGCUUUCCUUGUGGAAUUCCCCCAUUGCCUAAGCCUUAGUUCAAGCAUGGCGCAAAACCUGUCAUUUUGGGGAGUGGAGCCUUUUCUGUGAUCAGAAUCAUGUAGGUUGCCUUUUAAAUAAGUUUUCAGGCUAUUUCAAAUGUUCUACUUGCUUGUUGAAACUCUGAGAAAAAGAGGGAGCAGGGCACCUGUAAUUAAAAAUGGAAAGGAGUAG